UGUUUUAAGGCCAGUCCAGAUAUACAUUUCAUGCCAAUAUGUCCCAACGAUUAAAUUAUAAAUACCUCAACCAAUAUAGCGUCUUCAAUCAUUAAAAGCUUAAGUUGCUUUUCCCACUCUCCAAAGUUGCGCUGUUAUCUUAAUUAACUUGUACAAAGUGAGAAUGAGCGCAAAGGCUAGCAAAGAAAGCAAAAUUAAGAAGUGCAUAAAAGCACCCAUCAGAGUUUUAAUUAAAGCCAGGGAUUUCUAUGUCCAUAGCCUGAUGGAUUGUUCUGGUACAAUUGGCUAUGGAACUGUUAUGGGUUGUCCUGCUGUUGCACAAAUCUCCUCUUUGCCCAGAAGUUUUAGUGCCAAUUCGUCUAUGUCAAGUAAGGAUGAAGAUUUUAGGGAGCUGAUUCGAAUCGCUUCGAAAAGGAGUCUUGUAAAUAAGGUGGAAACGGAGAUUCUGAGGCAAAAAUCACUUGCUAAAAAUGGGGUGAAUAUUAAUGUGGUGCCUAGGAGUCGUUCUGUUGCUAUUGGAAGAAUUGAUGAAGAUAAGCCGUGUGAUUUUGGUGAGGAUGUUAAAGUGACUGAUGUGUUUCAAAGAAGUAGAAGCUAUGCUAUUUCUUCUAGAACAAAAGGAAUGUUCUGAAGCAAAAUUUGGAAGAAGGGAAAACAAGGCAAGCUGUUGUAAUAUUCUCUUCUUAUUACUGUUUGUUGGAUUGUUUUUGUUAUUCCUCUUUCCCUGUUGUCAUAUACUGUUGCAUAUACAUGUUCAGUUACCUGUCAAUUCUCCGUGUAAUGAACUCAACAUCUUUCAUUCUCA